AUGGCCAAAUGUUACAAUGUUUUUGAUUCAUAUAGAAAACAGGUUGUUAUUGAUGGAGAGACGUGCCUGUUGGACAUCCUGGACACUGCAGGGCAGGAGGAGUACAGUGCCAUGCGUGACCAGUACAUGAGGACGGGGGAAGGAUUCCUCUGUGUCUUUGCUAUUAACAACAGUAAAUCAUUUGCUGAUAUUAAUCUUUACAGAGAACAGAUAAAGAGAGUGAAAGAUUCAGAUGAUGUGCCAAUGGUGCUAGUUGGGAAUAAGUGUGAUUUGCCAACCAGAACAGUAGACACCAAACAGGCUCAAGAAUUAGCAAAGAGCUAUGGAAUCCCCUUCAUAGAGACAUCUGCUAAAACACGACAGGGUGUGGAAGAUGCUUUUUACACACUGGUGCGAGAGAUCCGGCAGUACCGGAUGAAGAAGCUCAACAGCAACGAAGAUGGGAACCAAGGCUGUAUGGGAUUGUCUUGUGUUGUGAUGUGAUAAGAUGCCAAGGACACGUGGGUCAGAUGCAGCUGCUGGACAAGUCUCGAUGCUACUGUCCUCCAUCUCAUGCUGAUGCCCUGCAGUAUUUUGGUGCCAGUGACCAGAACCUUGGUACCAGUUAAUUAGCACAAGGUCCUUUUCUGUGCUGCAUCUGAAAAGAACAUCUCUGGCAUCUACCUCCUUGCUCAGCCAAUGGAGCAGUCACAUCUCUUGAUGUACUGGGAUUCUUUUCUCACAGUGUUAUGUGGGUUUGUUCAAGAAGAAAACCAGUCACAAGAAAAGUGAACUAUAGAGACUAAAUGCUGUGAAAAAGAUGACACUUUACCUCUAGAGUAAAAGCUAGAAGUGAUGUUUGUCCCCUUUUUGUUGGAUUCUGAUUUGCAGUGCUGUCAGAGGAGUGGCA